CCCCAUUCUUAGAACAAACAUACCCCGUCGCCGCUCACUCUUCGGUGAUGAUUGUCGGUCUGAGCCAAGCGCAGCAUCAUCAUUCAUCAUGGCGCGUGUACCGCGAACUCUUCUACUCGGCAUCGCCGUGCUAGCAAACUUGGCCGUUGGGCGAUUAAUCACACCGAAGGACACCACGUUUCCAACCCCAAGCUGGAAUCUCCUACCCACAGGAAGCACAGCACGUUUCCGCGGCCUAGCACCCGUAUCCGCCAAGAUCGCCUGGGUCUCCGGCACCAACAACACCAUCCUACACACCGUCGACGGCGGGCAUACCUGGGCCUCCGUAGGCCCCACCCUCUCCGCCACAGACACAGACACAGACACCCCCCUCGAGUUCCGCGACAUCGAAGCCUGGUCCGCGGACCGCGCCAUCGCGCUCUCCAUCGGCGCAGGCACCAGCUCGCGCAUCUACGCCACUAGUAACGGCGGCACAUCCUGGGAUCUCGCGUUCGCGAACGCGGACCCGGCGGCGUUCUACGAUUGCAUCGCGUUCGCGAGCGCGGAGCGCGGGAUGGCCGUCAGCGAUCCCGUGGACGGGAAGUUCCGGCUCGUCGAGACGCGCGACGGGGGGCGGAGCUGGGACGUCGUAGAUCCGGCGGGUAUGCCGCCGGCGCUGGGGGGCGAGGCGGGGUUUGCGGCGAGUGGGACGUGUCUUGCUACGGCGGGGGGGCGGUGGUAUCUUGCUUCGGGGGGUGUGGACCCGGGGAGGGUGUUUAGGAGCGGUGAUGGGUAUCACUGGGAGGUUUCUAAUGCGUCGGUGGCUGGGGGAGAGGGGGCGGGGGUCUUUUCGGUGCAGUUUCGCGAUGCGGAGAAUGGGAUUGCUGUUGGUGGGAAUUAUUCGGCGCCUGCGGGCAAUGUUGAUAAUGCGGCGUGGUCAAGUGAUGGCGGUCAAACUUGGGUACCGUCUACUACGUUCCCCGGCGGUUAUCGUUCCGGGUCGUCCUGGGUUCCUGGACGUUGCGGUGUGGCACUCGCUGUUGGCCCGACAGGAUCUGAUAUCACGCUGGAUAGUGGUCGGAAUUGGCAUGUCUUCGAUAAUGGCAGCUUCGAUAGUGUAGAAUGUAUAAGUGGCGAUGUAUGUUGGGCAUCCGGAGAGAAUGGUAGGGUAGCACGUCUGUCACUUAUAUGAAAUUUACAAGGCAAUAAAAAUGAUAAAUAUACAUUGUAAGCUGUAGCUGGCAUAUUGAAAAACUUUAUAUACUCAAGUAUACCUCACUCCAUAGAAGCCCAUAGCUAGGUACCUAGCGAAGGUUUAUACUAGCGAAGAUACUCCAAA